UUCUCCCCCCCUCCCCCGAAGUCAACCUCCCCUUCUCAAUCCCAACUACAUCUCUCAAUCGCCAUAUUGGGUACUGAGAGGGUUUGUCUGCAGUUUCUCUUACUACGGGACGAAAUUGACAGAGCGGCUUCAGUUCCUGUGCACUUUGUUUUGAUGGUCUCCGGUCCGGAGUCUACCUUGGGCUCCAGAGCAGCGCGGCCGUUGACGUCUCCAGCUCGACGUAUGCAUGGCAUAAGUCGUUUUACGCCUGUUUAGGAUUUUUUUUUUCGCAGCGACCAGGAGAUACCCGUUGUUUUUUUUUUUUUAAGCGGCGUGUGUGUGUUUUUUUUCGCGUGAAAAACUGGACGCUCCCGGCUGUUUGAAAAAUCGUGUCUUUCGUGCCGGGUGGGAAAAAUGUCAGAUGUUCGACUUUCAAACGGGAGCCCGACGCUGGAGCGCACGGACUCCCGGGUGUCGGAUCACCCCAAGCCGUCAGCCUGCAGGACCCUCUUUGGCUCGGUGAAUCACGACGAGUUAGCGAAGGAUUUAAAGGGACAAUUGCGGGAGCUGGAGCAGGCUGCCUCCGCCAAGUGGGACUUCGACUUCGCCAACCACAAGCCGCUGGCCAACGGCAGGCUUAAAUGGGAACUGGUGGACUGCAAAGACGUCCCGAAUUUCUACAGCCGGCAGCCGCGGAGGGAGAAGGGCGUCUGCUCCACUGGGAAUAACAAUGUGGAUCUAAAUGGGAAUCAUAACUGUGUUGUUGUGGCUCCGAGCGAAGACACCGACAGGUCUGAGGGGCAAAUGGAGUGUACGGAGCAGUGCACCGGGCUGAGGAAAAGACCUGCAUGUCACGAGCCCUCGGCCCAAAGUAAGAGGUCACACACAGAUGAGGUUAGCUGUCCGAGCCUGAGCCACUCUGCAGAACACACACCCAGAAAGACCAGUCCGAGGAGGCAAACGUGAGGACGACUGACAUGACGAGCUGGAGAUGCAUUUCCCCUUAUUGACAUGAGGGGAAAACCUCAGUGUUGGCCUUUUUUUUUUUUUCUUUUUUUUUUCUUUUUUUUGGAAGAGGAUCUACGCAGCACCAGAAACAUAUCAACUCUCCUGAAGACGGGGGAGGACGCUGUUGAAGCACUGAAUAGAAACACUAAAGUUUGUGGCACUCAAUUUAAAGUUACUGCCUCUAAAAGCAGUCAAUGUAGCAGUGUGCAAUUAGGUUUGAUCUCCUUUUUUGCUCCUUUAUUUUUUACUACCUGUGUGUAAAUAAAUAAAAUAUAUAUAUUAUAUUUCUCUCCAUAUGUAGCACAUAAAAAAACAUUAUGAUUUAAAAGCAAAUCCUUCUAUGUAAAAGAAAAAAUGUGUGAAUUUUGAUUUGACUUGAAGAAUUGCAGUGUAGUUUGAUACAUGUUUCCAAAAUGCUGUUCUUUUUUUUUUCUUCCUUUUUUUUUGGUAGUGUAAUGUUGACCCGGUCCCUAAUUGCUACAUUUAAAACAAAAUCAUGGCUCUUUACAGUUUCUUACCAGUGUGUCUUCACUCCGUCAUCUUCCUAACUCAGCAGUGAAGAACGGUACAAAUGUAGCUCAUCUUGUUGUAUUUAAUUAUUAUUUUUUCCCACCCCUUCCUUCUGGUCAUUGCAGUGUCACCAAGUGCAAGUUCUUCUGUAAGAUCUAGUUCCACAGGGAAGUCAAACACAGGGCGAAAUGUAAUAAAGACUUUCUUUAAAUCAGCUGAUAUUUAUUUUGUAAUUGAGGUGCUUGUUGGCAUCAGUUGAAUCCUGGAAUAUGAUCUGUAUUUUCCUUCUCUUUCAAGUUCUCCUUUACACUUCAGUCACGUUGUAAUGGUGUGUUUGAGUUUUUUUUUUUUUUUUUUUCCCCUGUUGUGAGGUACUCAGAUAUUGAAGGACAAAGACCAUACAAACUGCACAGGUUGUGUUCUCCUUGACUGUAAUUCAUAUUGUUUCAUGAGCCUUUACGCUCUUCAUAGAGAGUUUUCUGGAAAAAAAAAAAAGGGUUGAAUGUCCUACAAUACCAAAUACAUGGUUGCUUCAAUAUGGUUGCCAGCGCUGCCUGUGCUCCAGCAUUGACUUCACAUUGUAUUACUUUGUGAUAUCUUAGACGUUUGUACUUUUUUUUUUUUUUUUUCAUCAACGUUGUUUAGCCUGCUGAGGAUGCAAGUGUGAGCAUCUAAAAGCUUCCCUUUAUUUGCCUAAAGUGCGAUUUUAUAUUCAGCGAGACCCAGGUGUGCCUGGGUGGAGACGGAAAGACAGCUCGUCUCAGAAAUGCAGUCACCAUGCCUGUGUAUUUGUGUAAAUCUUUGCAAUGUACCUAUGUACAUAGUUUUGUAAAAACACUGAGAAAUUAUACUAACUUAUUUAUGUCAAGCUUUUUUUUUAUGUAGAAUAAAACAAAAUGUUUUUUUUGUUUUUUUUGAUUACGGUUAUCCAAAGUGGCAUUUACUUUAUUAUAAUUGUUUUAUUUUGUAAAAGCAUAUUUUUGGUAGUUUUUUUUUUUUUUUUUCUUAUAAGGUUGCAAACUGAGCCUGAUAAAAUAUUUGAUGUGCAUUUUGUUAUGUGUGGUUAAAAAUGUGUCGCAAUCAAUUAAAAGAGAAAAUUAAAUCAU